AUGGAUGUGGUGAAUGUAGCCAUCGUGUCAAAUGGUUCAAGCGUGGUGACGCCUACAGCAGGGCAAGGCUGUGAUGCCUACUGCAGGGCAAUUCUGACAACAGCCUAUAGUGUGGUCUUAUUUGGAGGCACCGUUGGAACAGUUAUGAUGUCACACAUGAUAUUCAAAAGGAAUAGCCAAUCAGCGAUUGCCACAAUCAUCAUUAAUAUCAUUGUGCUACACUCCCUUCUCCUGAUUAGUCUGCCAUUCCGCCUCAGCUACUAUCUCUCAGCAGUCUGGAAGCUUGGGUCCUUUACCUGCCGAAUGGUUAGUGGCGUCAUUUAUGCUCAUAUGUACCUUACCUUUGUUUUCUAUGUGGCCAUUGUUACCCUUCGGUUGCUCAUCUAUUUUAAGAAACUCCAGAUGCAACAGCUACAAAAGUUCCAUGCUGUGGCUCUAAGCAUUAUAAUUUGGAUGGUAGGAAGCUUCAUCUUUCUACCGAUAUUUUUUUUACAGUAUGGCACAGAUCCAAGUUACACAGAGCAACAACGGUGCUUUGAGUUUCAUAGAUCUCUCAACUGCAAGAACAUCAUCAUCAUAAACUACUCUAUAAUUGUCAUUAUGAUGACAACAGUUCUGGUCCUCUUUCUGAUACAGCUGGCUGUCAUUGUUCGUUUGAUAAAAGCCUAUUGGCCUUGUAUGUGGGCCCAUCAAGAGUACAGAGCCCAGAUCAAGAGCUUUUUCUUCCUGUUGGUCAUAGUUGUCUGCUUUAUACCCCACCAUGUGUUCAGGGUAUAUUUUAUUCAAAAUUAUCCAGAGCAAGAAAAUUCUAAGUUGAUACUAUACAAUGAAAUUUGUGUUGCUUUAACAGCCUUCUGCUGCCUGGAUAUGUUAUGUUUUGUAGGUGGUGUCAUCCAUUAG